GAGUGCAAGAGUGAGUCGGCUGCGCGAGCAUGCUCACUCGCCGCCUAUAUAAGCCACUGAAACCACAUUAUCAUUUUUCAUUUCAUAAUUUUUACCGUUCGCGUUCAGCACGAACAUCGUAGAGUGCGCCUCGCAGUCUGUCUUCGUCAAUUCAUUUCCAACUGAAAAUAACAAGUGUUGGGAGCAUUGUGUCAACGUUUGCGCUGUGCAAACGGCUACCAGAGCUUAAGAAAUUGUGUCUGUGUGUGCAUCGACGAACAAUUGUGAUUUUCAGCGGGAACAAUUUGGUUCAGUUUUUUCUUUCGUUUCGCUUCGUAAUUAUUAGCAACUAAAUUACAAAAAUGGUGCAAUCUCGAUUUGCAAAAUUUUUCUGCAUUCCGCAGCGCAUUAUCCUAUCGAUCAUGUGUUUCAGCGCAAUUGCGAUAGCCUAUGUUAUGCGUGUUUGCUUGUCCGUCGCCAUCACUGAGAUGGUAGCCAGACCAAAUAUUACAUUAUCCAGUUCGAAAAAUCACAGUAUUUGUCUGGCUGAUCCAUCGACACCCGGCUCCGGCGGUUCGCAUCACAGUGGCGGUGGUGAGUACCAUUGGUCACAAGAGCAACAAGGAUGGAUUCUAAGUAGUUUUUACAUUGGCUAUGUGCUCACUCAUGUUCCCGGUGGUGUCAUUGCCGAGAAAUACGGUGGAAAAUGGACGUUGUCAUUAGGAAUUUUAUCAACUGCCAUUUUCACUCUUCUCACACCAUUCGCCGUUCAACAUGGUGGACACAUUGCUUUGAUCAUUUUGCGAAUUCUUAUGGGCCUCGGGGAAGGGACAACAUUCCCCGCUCUCAGCGUGUUGCUCGCAUCCUGGGUGCCGGAGAAAGAGAGAAGCAAACUUGGAUCAUUCGUUUUCGGAGGCGGUCAAAUCGGAACAGUUGCUGGAAACCUUUUGUCUGGUCUAAUUUUGAAUUCAUACUCAUGGCCAGUGGUGUUCUAUGUGUUUGGAAUCGCUUCAGUCGUUUGGUUCCUUAUCUUUACUGUGCUCUGCUACAGCAAUCCAGGCUCACAUCCAUUCAUAUCGACAGAAGAACGCGAAUACCUCGAAACUGAACUCGGCCAAUUGAAACGACACAAACAUUUACCACCGACUCCAUGGAUUUCCAUUCUCACAUCCGUACCAAUGAUUGCUCUCGUUUGCGCUCAGAUCGGACACGAUUGGGGAUUCUACAUAAUGGUCUCGGAUUUGCCAAAAUACAUGAGCGAAGUGUUGCAGUUCUCGAUCAAAGACAAUGGUAUCUACUCAUCUCUGCCAUACUUGGUUAUGUGGAUUGUGUCGGUGUCAACUGGUUGGCUCAGCGAUUUCUUAAUCGUUCGCAAAUUCUUCACAAUCACUGGUGCUCGAAAAUGGUUCACCGGUAUUGCUGCCAUUUUCCCCGCAAUAUUCAUUGUUUUGGCUUCGUACGCUGGAUGCAAUAAAUUGUUGGUCGUCGUUUGGUUCACAUUAGCUAUGGGCUUCAUGGGUACAUUCUAUCCUGGUAUGAAAGUAAAUCCAUUGGAUUUGAGUCCUAAUUACGCUGGUUCUUUGAUGGCAGUCACAAACGGAAUUGGCGCUUUGACUGGAGUUGCUGCCCCUGUUUUCGUUGGAAUCAUGACUCCAAACUCAUCACUCACCGAAUGGCGAAUCGUUUUCUGGGUAACCUUUGUUAUUUUCGUAAUUACCACCUUUGUAUACUCGAUUUGGGCCAGCGGAGAAGUGCAACCCUGGAAUGAUGGAAAUAGAAGAUCCGAAUCAGCCGAACUGGGCAAAAUUGAAAAUAACAAUGACAAUGAAAAACAAAUCGAAUUCCAUCAGAAACAAUAAGCAGGAAACACAUACAAUCAAUCUCAGCCAUAUUUCGAACACUAGCGCAAAACAUCUUCCCAUGGAAAUGUUCAAGCAUACCAAGUCCAGUCCAACGCUGCGAUCAAUGAAAAAUAAAAUCAAGACAAAAGAAAUCAACAAUUUAUCAGUGAUAAUUUAUCGCAAUCCCAAAGAAUCUAGUGCAGUACACAUAAAAGCCAGAACAAGAAUAAAUUUCGGCAUUUUCGAUCGCACGGCAGAUAAACAACCGCAUCAGAAAUCAUUAACCACUCGACAGUAUUCAUCCUACAUCCUAUCCUAUCGUAUUCUCUUAGAAAAUGUAAAAAAUGAACAAGUUAUUAAGUUUGAACGUCAUAAAUGUCUGUGUAGGUGUGUCGUGACCGACAGUGUCGGCACACCGUGUUUGCGUGUUUCUGUUUUUAUGUGAUGUUGAAAUUGUUGUCUAACACAAACACACACACAUGUUCAAAUGCAUUAAGAGGAUCUUAAGUUUCGUUUUAGGAAAUUGUCAUAUGUUUGCCAGAGUACUCUAGUUAUGUGUGUGAUGAAUCGAACAUUCGAUAAAUCGAAGUAUCUUUGAAUGAAAACCAUUCUGAAAUUGAAUUAGAACAAAAAAAAUAGCCCAGAAUAAUAUGCUCAAAUUGGCCAAUGUAGCCAUUUUGAGUGUCUGAAGCUACUUUAAUUACCCGAUUCUUUCGCGUAAAAUAAAGACAUCACCCAAUGAAUGAAAUCGGAUUGUUUAAAAAGUAAAAACAAUUAGCAUCCCUCAAGAUUAAUUCGAAUCGUAUGCAAAAUGUAUACUCAUCAUGUUUGCUUUUCUUUUUAGUUUGAAUAAAGAUUAAUUUAUCAACAGAAA